CAAUUUAGUUAAUAGCAGUUAAUAGCAGUUAACUGAAAACUAGAGAUGAAAUGUUAUUAACGUUCAAAAGGUGAUAUUUCACCCGAUCGAGUUUUUGGGUUUCCUGUGUUGUUGGUCCGAGUAAGAUUGCGGGCUCAGAUAACAACAAUAAUGGCGGACGAAGUGCAAGAGUUGCGUCAAAAAUUAGCUCAUAAAAUACGAGAAGUAGAAGACUUAAAGUCGAAAUUGCGAGAAAAGGAAAAUAUAUGUCAAAGAUAUCACCAAUACUCAAAACUUCAAACUAGACUCACCAAGAACGAGAUCGCACGAUACAGCAGACAGCUCAUUCUCCCUGAAAUAGGAGUUCAAGGACAGUUUAAAUUAAAAAAGUCUUCAGUGCUAAUAGUAGGUGCUGGUGGACUUGGUUGUCCUUCUUCAUUGCAUUUGGCAGCAGCAGGAGUAGGUUGUAUUGGCUUAGUUGAUUAUGAUACAGUUGAAAUAAGUAAUCUUCAUCGGCAAGUUUUACACUCUGAAUCCAAGGUAGACUUGCCUAAAGUAGAAUCUGCCAAACAGUCUUUAAAUGAAUUGAAUUCCUGUGUAACAAUAAAUACUUAUCAUCGUCAGUUGAAUAGUCAAAAUGCUCUUGAGAUCAUCUCUGGKUAUGAYGUGAUUGUUGAUGCUACAGACAAUGUACCAACUAGGUACCUUCUCAAUGAUGCCUGUGUGCUGUGCAAGAAGCCGCUUGUGUCAGGCAGCGCAUUAAGGUUUGAAGGCCAAUUGACAGUGUAUAAUUAUGAUGGCGGGCCAUGUUACAGAUGUAUGUUCCCCACCCCUCCCCCUCCUGAGACAGUUGGUAAUUGUUCUGACAAUGGAGUACUGGGGGCAGUCCCUGGUACACCAACUUUAGAUGAUCUUAGUGGCGUAGAAAGGGUCACUGCAAAGGAAUACAAAGCUGUUCUUGACAGUAAUACUCCUCAUAUUCUGUUGGAUGUACGAGAACCUGUUGAAAUGGAAAUUUGUGCUCUGCCUAAUGCACUCAACAUUCCUCUUCGACAACUGUCAACCGAGGAAAAGCUGGAUAAACUUCACAGUAAAAUACUGAGUGAAUCACAAGACAACGAGGCUAUUGAUGUAUUUGUAGUCUGCAGACAGGGGAAUGACUCUCAAAAAGCUGUCAAAGUAUUACAAAAAAGCAUCUCCCAGUCAUCUGAUGAACACCAGAAACCYGAAGAACCAAGCAGUUCACCGCCUAAAGUUGAUCUYAACAAACGAGUAAGGCUGAAAGACAUUAAGGGGGGUCUAUUGGCUUGGGCAAAGCAAGUCGAUGACGAUUUCCCAGUUUAUUAAAAUAACAUUAUUAUAUAUUUAUUUGGUAUGAUAAUUGUAUGCUGCUGGUCAUAUAUAUAGAACUUUAUAAUAUCAAAUAAAGCACACUACUAAAAUCAAGUUGUGAAUUUUAUCUCAUUUUAAGUGUGCUGAAUAGUUUUUUUCAAAAAGGAUAUWUAUAAAUAUAGAUGACCUUAUUAUGUAUAUCAUUCUUUAUAUAUUGUAUUGUAUYACUUGUCAGAGCUAUUACAUUACUUCUGGAUUUUAUUUACCUGAUUAAUUUAAUUAUUCCUAAUGAUGAAGCUUGAUAAUUGAUGAUUUAUUUACGA